AUGGGGUCCAUUAUAAACAGCCAGCUCCUCCGGUUCCGGGCAGAGUCCAAAGGGGAAGCACUGGCCGUCAGUUUGUACUUUACGAAAGCCUUCGCUCAGGUUAACGUACCAAAACAACGCAGGACUUAUUGCAAGAAAUGCAAGGUUCACAAAGUACACAAAGUGUCACAGUACAAAAAAUCCAAGGAAAGGCAUGCUGCUCAGGGUAGAAGACGUUAUGACCGCAAACAACAAGGUUACGGUGGACAGUCAAAGCCCAUCUUCAAAAAGAAGGCUAAAACUACUAAGAAAAUUGUGCUCCGUCUUGAGUGUGCAGAUUGCAAAGUGAGGUCCCAAGUGGCUCUAAAGAGAUGUAAGCACUUUGAGCUUGGAGGAGACAAAAAGAGGAAGGGACAGAUGAUUCAGUUCUAG